GGAGAAGACGGAAGUGUUGCGGGGCCGGCGCCGGGCUCUGGGUUGCUCCCUGAUGGUGUGUGGCGGCUGCCGGCCCCAGGCGCUCUCACUUCAGGCUCAGCAUGGCGACGGCGGCGGCAGGGGGAGCCGGCCAGGAGAAACAGAUCGCUCCGACCCUGCUCAGUUUCUUCAUCUAUAACCCCAAGCUGGGGCCCAAAGAGGGAGAGGAAGAAAAGAAGAUUCUCUUCUAUCACCCAAAUGAAGUAGAAAAGAAUGAAAAAAUCAGAAACGUGGGACUAUGUGAAGCUAUAAUACAAUUCACAAGGACCUUCAGUCCAACAAAACCUGCAAAAUCCCUACACACGCAAAAGAACAGACAAUUUUUCCAUGAACCUGAAGAAAACUUCUGGAUGGUCAUGGUUGUACGGAAUCCCAUCAUAGAAAAACACAAAGAUGGAAAGCCGGUCUAUGAAUAUCAGGAAGAAGAAUUACUGGACAAGGUUUAUAGUUCGGUCCUACAGCAGUGCUACAGCAUGUACAAGCUUUUCAAUGGCACAUUCCUGAAAGCCAUGGAAGAUGGAGGUGUAAAAGUUCUAAAGGAGAGACUAGAGAAAUUCUUCCACCGGUACUUGCAGACACUGCAUUUACAGUCUUGUGAUCUGCUGGAUGUGUUUUGUGGAAUCAGCUUCUUUCCACUGGAUAAAAUGACUUACUUGAAAAUUCAGUCAUUUAUUAAUAGGAUGGAAGAGAGCCUGAACAUAGUCAAGUAUACUGCAUUUCUCUACAACGACCAGCUUAUCUGGAGUGGACUGGAACAAGAUGACAUGAGAAUUUUGUACAAGUAUCUCACAACAUCUCUGUUUCCAAGGCACAUGGAGCCUGAGUUAGCAGGUAGAGAUUCUCCAAUACGUGCUGAAAUGCCAGGAAAUCUACAACACUAUGGAAGGUUUCUGACUGGACCUUUAAAUCUUAAUGAUCCAGAAGCAAAAUGCCGUUUCCCUAAAAUAUUUGUUAACACUGAUGACAGUUACGAAGAGCUUCAUUUAAUCGUUUAUAAGGCCAUGAGUGCAGCUGUCUGCUUUAUGAUUGAUGCUUCAAUUCCACCUACGCUGGAGUUUUGCCGUAAACUGGACAGCAUUGUUGGGCCUCAACUCACCGUGUUAGCAUCAGAUAUAUGUGAACAAUACAACAUCAACAAGAGAAUAUCAGGGGCUGAGAAGGAGCCUCAGUUUAAGUUUAUCUAUUUCAAUCACAUGAACCUGGCAGAGAAAAGUACCAUUCACAUGAGGAAAACACCCAGUGUAUCACUUGCAUCUGUUCACCCUGACCUCAUGAAGAUUCUCGGUGACAUCAACAGUGACUUCUCCAGAGUUGAUGAAGAUGAGGAAAUUAUUGUGAAGGCAAUGAGUGAUUACUGGGUAGUUGGGAAAAAGUCUGACCAGCGAGAACUGUAUGUUAUUUUGAAUCAAAAAAAUGCAAAUCUGAUUGAAGUUAAUGAAGAAGUGAAGAAACUUUGUGCAACACAGUUUAACAAUAUUUUCUUCUUGGAUUGAUCUGCAAAGGGCUGAUUUAUUGAAGAUGUCAAUGUCAGACAGUUGUUCAACAUGAAAAGUUAUUAGUCAUAUUAUUGACUGGAAUAAUGACAAUAGUAAAGCAAUACUUGCUUUGUAAGAAUCAAAAUUUCUACUAAAAUCUGUAAACUCUGAUCAUAAAAAUUUUUAGAUUUUAAAAAUGUUUAUGUGCAAGCUAAUUAAACCAGUCUGAACUCAUCUGUACCAUUCCAUUCUGAUACUGUUAUGUGAAUAUUUUACUGGAAAAAUAAAACUAAUAAUUGUUACACUUUUAAGGGCAUCCUUUUGUUUUCUUGUGUUCAUUUGCGUCGUUGUGUGACUUUCUGCUGCUUUCUACAGUGGGCAAUGAUUGGUUACAAAAGACUCCUGAACAGAGACCCUUCUCAGUUAACCUGUUCUUUGUAGCUCCUGCUUUACACUCUUUGCCAAACUCCUAAAUACUUGCUCAUAUGCAGUACUUCAGUCAAAUAACCUGUGUUUUCAGCAAAACCUGUUUCAUGGAGACAC